CGUGACAGGCACCCCGCUCCGCUGCCGCUGCCGCCUUUUCUUCCUUGUCCCGGGCUGCCCGCGCCACUGCUCCCGGGCCAGUGCCGCGCCCAGUCCCGCCGCGGGCCGCGCGCCCACUGCUCCCCUCCCCCAGCCCAGUCGUCGCGCCGCCAGCUCCCGCCGCCGCCCCCGCCACCCUCCUCGCCGGUAGGAAUUGCGCGGCCACAGCGCCGCUCGCGUCGCCCGCAUCCGCGCCGCCCGCUGCAGCCCGGCCCUCGGCGUCGCUCCGAGUCCCGGCUUCCACGGCCGCCGCGCGGCCAGGGCGCCCCUCCGCUUGCGCCCCCUCCGCGCGCCGUCGCCCCUAGCUCUCGCCUCCCCUCUCCUGGGUCUCGCCAGCCCCUUCCUGCCACCGCCGCCGCCGCCUCUGGAGGAGCCGGUCCACCGCGGGUCACCAUGCCCAGCAAAACCAAGUACAACCUUGUGGACGAUGGGCACGACCUGCGGAUCCCCUUGCACAACGAGGACGCCUUCCAGCACGGCAUCUGCUUCGAGGCCAAGUAUGUCGGAAGCCUGGACGUGCCGAGGCCCAACAGCAGAGUGGAGAUUGUGGCUGCCAUGCGUCGGAUCCGGUAUGAGUUUAAAGCCAAAAACAUCAAGAAGAAGAAGGUGAGCAUUAUGGUUUCAGUGGAUGGAGUGAAAGUGAUUCUGAAGAAGAAGAAGAAGAAAAAGGAGUGGACGUGGGAUGAGAGCAAGAUGCUGGUGAUGCAGGACCCUAUCUACAGGAUCUUCUACGUCUCUCACGACUCCCAAGACUUGAAGAUCUUCAGCUAUAUCGCUCGAGAUGGUGCCAGCAAUAUCUUCAGGUGUAACGUCUUUAAAUCCAAGAAGAAGAGCCAAGCUAUGCGAAUCGUCCGGACGGUGGGGCAGGCCUUCGAGGUCUGCCACAAGUUGAGCCUACAGCACACGCAGCAGAAUGCCGACGGCCAGGAAGACGGGGAGAGUGAGAGGAACAGCAACAGCUCAGGGGACCCAGGCCGCCAGCUCACCGGAGCCGAGAGGGCCUCCACGGCCACUGCAGAGGAGACGGACAUCGAUGCAGUCGAGGCCCCGCUCCCAGGGAAUGAGGCCCUGGAGUUCAGCCGAGGUGUGACUGACCUCGACGCGGUAGGGAAGGAAGGAGGCUCCCAUACAGACUCCAAGGUCUCAGCCCGCCCCCAGGAGCCCGUGCUGACAGCCUCGCCCAGGAUGCUUCUUCCCUCUUCUUCCUCGAAGCCCCCGGGCUUGGGCGCGGGCACGCCGCUGUCCACCCAGCACCAGAUGCAGCUCCUCCAGCAGCUCCUCCAGCAGCAGCAGCAACAGACACAAGUGGCUGUGGCCCAGGUUCACUUGCUGAAGGACCAGCUGGCUGCUGAGGCUGCGGCGCGGCUGGAGGCCCAGGCUCGCGUGCACCAGCUCCUGCUGCAGAACAAGGACAUGCUUCAGCACAUCUCUCUGCUGGUGAAGCAGGUGCAGGAGCUGGAGCUGAAGCUGUCGGGACAGAACGCCAUGGGCUCCCAGGAUAGCUUGCUGGAGAUCACCUUCCGCUCUGGAGCUCUUCCCGUGCUCUGUGACCCCACGACCCCGAAGCCAGAGGACCUGCACUCGCCGCCCCUGGGCGCGGGCUUGGCCGACUUCACCCACCCAGUGGGCAGCCCCUUAGGUAGGCGCGACUGCUUGGUGAAGCUGGAGUGCUUCCGCUUUCUCCCGCCCGAGGACACCCCGCCCCCUGCUCAGGGUGAGCCGCUGCUGGGCAGCCUGGAGCUCAUCAAGUUCCGAGAGUCAGGCAUCGCCUCGGAGUACGAAUCCAACACGGACGAGAGCGAGGAACGCGACUCGUGGUCCCAGGAGGAGCUGCCCCGCCUGCGGAACGUCCUGCAGAGGCAGGAGCUGGGCGACAGCCUGGACGAUGAGAUCGCCGUGUAGGUGCUGUGGUGCUAGCAGGCGGAGGCCGUGGCCGAGGUGUGGAGGGGCCAAGUCUGGCUGCUGCCCGGGUAGGGGCUGCCGGCGAAUGCGCACUGCUGAGGAUACCCGGGGGCCCCGAAGCGUUUACAGUUUCAGAAAAGGAUUAGGGUUUUGCUUUGGAGGGUCAAGUGGGGAAGACAUUGGAUUCCCAGAAGUGAAUCAGGUCCUGCCUCCUGCUUGCGACUACUGGGUGGGUGGGGGUUGGGCAAGGGACCUCUCGGAGCCCAUGGCUUUGGGAGAGGGUCCCUCUUGAGGACCACCAGGCUGCUGAAGGACCUGCUCCCUGCCCGCUGUAUCAUCAGGCUCCCCUGCUCUGUCGUGUGAUGCCCCCUCGCCCCCCCCCCCCCACUUCUGUGGUCCCGACUAUGAAGGGAAGCCAUCGGUACCUUCUCAGGUACUUUGUGUUUGGAUAUCAGGAUGCUACCAGUUGCCUAACUCUCCCCGACCUUCGUGGGAGGAAUUCCUUCUCUAGGCCCUUGCAAAGAUUGUAGAGGUCGAACGCUCUAGGCUGAAAGACAGGAUAGUCCUUUCAGUGUGAACGUGGAACUGGGAUGUGACACAUUGCGGGGAUAAGCUUUCAGAUGAAUUGGAUCCAGUCACUUUCUGUAGGUGGGCUUCAGGUGUUGCUCCUGAGGGAGACUGGGAGUUGACUGUCAUUCAGGCCCUUGCCGUGAAAGCCCGUGGGGAGGACAACCUCUUGCCUGCCCCAGAUCACUUAGGUCUGAUCCCUCAGUGUGGAUGCCCUGCCCACCGCCUGCCUGCAAGUCCAGCUCAUCCACGUGGAGGCUGGAAAGCUGCCCUCUCUCCCCUGUGUCCUGCCUCAGGGGCUGUGCCAGCUGAAGCCUUUGUAGCACUCUGCCUCUAUAAAAGCCUCAGAGACCCAGAGCCCCCAGCCUUACCUCUCAACCUGUCCCUUCCACUGCGCAGUAGUGAUCAAAAAAAAAAAAAAAAAAAAAAACAGAGACUGGUAGCUGAGACCACUCAAGUCCACUCUUCAGAAUCACUGCCACUUAAGUCAGAAACGAUAGUCACUUUGCCCUUGACCUGUCUCCCUGUGGAUGCAUGCCUCGAGCACACCUGUAAAAAGUGCCAGGUGCAAUUCUCUUUUACCAUCCAGGCCUAGAGAUUACCACCUGGUACAGUGAGCUGAUUGGGGCAGGGAAGGCUAGCUUACUUGUCCUUGGUUCCAAUAAGGCCCUAAGUGGCUGUUAACAGAUUUAAAGGUGCCUGAAGAGAGAGCUGAGACAUGCUAGUGCCAAGUGUUGGGGAAAUAAGACUUUAUCUUGGACAGCAAACCACAGACCCAGACUGCAAUAUUAUUUGGGGAUCAGUUGGUAAGGAUGUGGUUGCAAAGUUGAGUUCUUCAAGCCUAACUUGGCUUUAUAAAAUAUAGAAGUGAAAGUGCAGAUCUUUUCUUAUAGCUACAGUUGGAUUUCUUCUAGACCAGAAAGUCCAAAUUAAGGAAAUAAAUGUAGCUUUGUGUUAGCCUUCCUUGGUGCACGAGGGUGUCAGUGGAAUGGGACGGGUGCGUGUGUGUGUGCAUGUGUGUACACGUGUGCUGGCAUUGACACACACGUGUGAGGGAAGGUGUAUACGUAUGCAUAGGCUUGUGAGAAGUGACCAGAGAGAAGAGAAUGGGAAUCUCCAGGGUGUUUGAAUCAACAGUAGAAUUGUGUUCUUUUCCUAAUGUGCAUUUGGUUGGAGAGAGGUGGUCCUGUUUUUGUUAUACUUUCUGAUUAAUCAUUGGACGUAGGUCCAGAUACACAGGGAAGGAAGAACCAUGAAAUCGAAGGAGAGAGGUUAGGAGUCCGGUUUGCCUGAGCCUCUCUAGCUAGCUUACAAAAUCCUACCCGGGCUUCCUUGAGUGUGGGACCUCUUAGCUCCUUAGAAUUUGGGGUGUUCAGGGGAGUGGAAGGUCUGGCUUCUCCAGGCCCACUGCCUGCAAGCAGGGGCUGAGGACAAAGCCAGAGGCCAGUGGGUUAGGUGUGUGGAAUGUGGUAGGAGAAGGCUUCUUUGGGAUGGGGAGAAGAGUGGGUGGGGGGCAUAGUUUCUAAAAGGGUCUUGAAAACCUUGCCAAGGGAAGGAAGAAAGGAGAUGGUGGAGAGGUUGAAGAACUGGAGAGACUAGUUCUAUGUACCGCUGACUUGGGACCCAUUUAAGACCCUUGCCCUCGGGGUGCCCCGCAGUGGUUUCCACCCACCUCGGCCCCAUUCUUUCCCCAGUUCAGGCCCUCCCUGGAGCACUGGUUUGUGUGUUGGCAUCCCACACCAGCGCGCACUAGGUGUGUUGGAGGUGAAGGAGACAAAGGACAGAUCUAGGGGCCUUGAAGGGUCACCAGCCACUGGGAAGGAAAGGGAAUGUUGCAGACCUGAUCUCCGAGCAAUGUCACCCUGUCCUCUCUCCUUGCUUCUUGCUCUGCUAACUCAACUCCUGCCCCCCUCUUUUUCAUCCUUCUACUCUGCCCCGUAUGGAGGACAAGUGGACACCAGGGGCGCCUCCCUUACUGUACCUGCCCCAGCCUUUCCUGGGUGCCAGCAGACUCUUGGGUACACGAGGCUCCCACAGUUGCGGAGCCAGGAAAGAACUUCUCUGCACAGGAUGGACUGUAUAUUGGGACUGAAAAUCAUAUUCCUGCUUAUACCAAUGCUGUCUAUAAAGCCUCUUCAUAGCCUCACUUCUCUCAACUCUCAUUUAGGGGUUGUAUUCCUUUUAUUUUCUCUCUGCCUGACUGCUUCCUCCCACUCUGCCCCCUCCCCCUGCGCCCUCUACUUCCUAAAACUGUGUGGCAUUAACUCUGUUGGAUCAACUCUCUGGGAAAAGAUUCUGUUCAUGUUAAGUGCACUUACUCCCUGGAUGUUGUCACUAGUCUAGUGGCUUUUGCUAAAUAAACCUUUCUUGUUUCUAAAAGCUUUUCCAUUGUCUUUUCUUGCCUUUUCUAUUCCACCUGCUCUUUCCCCCACCCGCCUCCCAACUUCCCGAGCCCGGUGGCAUCAGCUCUGUGACGCACCAUUCCCGAGGGUGUGUGGUGUUUAGAAAGAACUCGUGUGUUCCUUCAAGCAGCGGGGGAAGGUGGUGCCUUCAGGGGCAGUUGAUUCAGACCAGCCUUGCAGGAUCGGGCUGUACCAACGGUUCUUAUCCAAGGGCGAGUUCGCUCCCCCAAGAGCUGGAUGUUCGGUGACGUCUGGAGACGUUUUUGGUUGUCACAACUCGGAAGGAGGCUAUUGACACAUAGUGGUUGGAAGCCAGGGAUGUUGCUAAAUAUUCUACAGUGAACAGAACAGCCUCGCCACAAAGAAUUAUCCAGCCCAAAAUGUCAGUAAUGCCUAGGCUAUACCCGUUUUUUUUUUUUGGACUCUCCCAAACCCCAGGUCUUUUCAAACUCCAGACAUCACUGGACUAUACUGGCGGCAGCAGCAAGUUUUGAGUGCUUGAAAAAGUACAUCGUAGAUAUUUUCAGAUAUAACUAAGAUCAUCAAGAUUAUAAAAUUUCACUGACUCCCCGACUAAAUGUCUGAAAUAUGUAGUUGGUAGGUUUCUGGAUGGGCCCAUUCCAGGAAUGUCCAUACUGGAGGCAAACAGACUUCUUCCCACACCUGCCUAGAAGGGUUAUGGUGUCACUGACACACAGCUCAGCAGAGGAGGCCUGACUCGUUGAGGUGUGGGCUUUCCUGCAGGGAGUAGAAAUGAAAGGGGAGGAGGGAUGCCGGCAGAGAGGAUGUUAGAGAAAUACGGAGCUGCAGGAUCUCGCAAAACCCACAUCGUGAAAACCAGGCUCCCCUGACUGGAACGCAUAGCCACUGUGAAGGCAGAGGUUUUGUUAGACCUGAUACUUCGGUAGGCCAGGCCUGAAGGAAAGUUGGAGGGUCAGAUCAACCAGGCUCACAUAUCCUCUGCCCUUUUCUGGCUGAGUGAACUGAACUGAGCCUUAUUUUCUUAUCUGUAAAAUGGGAAUGCAACACACCACAUAAGGCUAUAAUGAAGAGUAGAUGCGAUGGUAUUUUAGAAGCACCCAACAGAAUGCCAGGCAGUGGCCCAGGGCACAAUACAGUUUACCCCCUCAUUAACUGGGGGGGGGGGGGCGUGUUUGUUCUGCUCGGUGCAGUUGUGCUCUGCGUGCAUUUUCUGCUGAGCGGAAACUAUUCAGAGCUCUGUACUGAGAAAGCUACUGGGGUCAUAAUGACCCUACGUUAAACGUGAAAGGUGGAAAGUACCCUGUCCUUAGGGAGAAGACGCUAAAUUCUCGCACCUGCCAGGCCAUGAUUAGCAUGUGCUGUGGCCCUUGGGCUCAGUCCCUGGCCUUUGGGUGGAUUUCUCUCUCUCUCUCUCCUUUUUUUUUUUUUUUUUUUUUUUUAAGCUGUGCUCUGUGCCCAUGAUGUGGGUGCCCUGGAGGAGGGAGUGAGGGCUGGGCAGAGGGAGAGAGACCAGAUGAGGAGUGAUUCCACGCCUGGUCCUGCCACAGACCAUGCUGAGACUGCGACCGGUCUCCUCAAGUCCAUUCCGUGUCCCCCUCCUUGUAACUCCCUCAGGAGCCCUGUCGAGGGGACACACGUGCAUAGUAGCGUCUGUAAGGAGAAGCCUCCGGGGGCUCCGGUGCCCUUUCCAUUUAGGAAAGCAGGAGCUCAGAGUGAGGACUAAAGACUUGCCAGAGUCACUCAUCUGCUCCCUCCGGGAACCGGGCCCUGGAAGCAAUGGAAUAAUGUCAGGGCUGCCUGAAGACCACCCUGCCCCUCAGUGAGUGGGUGGGACCCUGCAUGUCCUGGCUCCCAGGCCAGCUGGAGCCUGCAAAUCAAGUAGACUCUGGGACUCUGACUUAGUGGGUAGAGGGUGAGGGAAAGAGUGGGGAACUGGGUGCAGGACUGGGAGUGCUCUCACAGCAAGGGACUGGUGUGUGAUGGGGGUGUGAGCCAGCCUGUCUCUCACAAAAGAACCACCAAUGAUAUAUUUUUUUUUUUUUUGCGGUACGCGGGCCUCUCACUGUUGUGGCCUCUCCCGUUGUGGAGCACAGGCUCUGGACGCACAGGCUCAGCAGCCAUGGCUCACGGGCCCAGCCGCUCCACGGCAUGUGGGAUCUUCCUGGACCGGGGCACGAACCCGCGUCCCCUGCAUCGGCAGGCGGACUCUCAACCACUGUGCCACCAGGGAAGCCCCCACCAAUGAUAUUUUA